GUUGGUAUUUGCCAAGAGCCUGCCAUUUUGUAAGAUAGAAGGGAGAUAAAAAAUAGUUUUAUGGUGUUAAAAUUUUACAAAAACUCCGUUCCCAUUUGUAUUAGGACCCAAAACAAAUGUUUAAAUGGACGCAUCGUCCAUUAUAACUCAGGUGUCACGGGAUGACGAGCAAUUAAACAAUUAUGGCUCCGACAGAGGGUCACCACCGGGUGGACAACAUAGUGAUGGGGAUGGAACCCCUGUGUCAGGAUCCACCCCGUUAGGGAGUAAAAAGUCGAGUGGCAGCGGCGGAUUUUUGCGGUCACUCUUGUGCUGCUGGCGUGGUGGAAGAGGCAAAGGUCCCCCUGGUGGAAAUGGCACAAACAGUAUUGAUGGCAGGGCUUCACCUCCUCUCUUGGUUAUGGCAGACCAUGCUCCAAGACCAUUAUUGCCACCAGUGAGACAUCAAGACAUGCAUAAAAAAUGUAUGGUUAUUGAUCUUGAUGAAACAUUAGUGCACAGCUCUUUCAAGCCAAUAAACAACGCGGACUUCGUGGUGCCAGUGGAGAUAGAUGGCGCUGUGCACCAAGUGUACGUACUGAAGCGGCCGCACGUGGACGAGUUCUUGCGUCGAUGCGGCGAAUUGUACGAGUGCGUACUAUUCACCGCGUCGCUUGCCAAGUACGCGGAUCCGGUCGCCGAUCUGUUGGAUAGAUGGGGCGUAUUCCGUGCCCGUUUGUUCCGCGACAGCUGCGUGUUUCAUCGAGGGAACUACGUGAAAGACCUGAACAGCCUCGGCCGGGACCUCCGGCGGGUGGUCAUCGUGGACAACUCGCCAGCCUCAUACAUAUUCCAUCCGGACAAUGCUGUACCUGUCGCGUCUUGGUUCGACGACAUGACAGAUUCAGAACUUUUGGACUUGAUACCGUUUUUCGAGAAACUGAGCAAGGUGGACAGUGUGUACACAGUGUUGCGCAAUUCGAACCACCCGUACAACCCGACGCAGAACAGUUCGCCGGCCACAUAGCCGCGGCCCCCGUCCCCGUCCGGCGCUGCCGUUCUCCUACAGACACGCAUCAAGGGAGCGAACUUCGUCAUAUGUGCCAAUUUUGCCUUCUGGAUAGUAAGGACGUUAUUUGUACCUAUUUUACAGAUUUAGGUAUCUCUUAGUGCGUAAGAUGGUUUGUACGAUGGAUUUGUGACUUCUCGUUUAAUAUUUUUCUCACCGCUAAUAAGCUUGCGGCAAACAUUCGCGUACGUUUUUGGACGUAUUUUAAUAAUCUGAUACACUAAUUUUAUUUAACAUUUCGGUAAUAUUAAAAAAAAAAAAUCUGACUUUUAUAUCAUGCUUGGGAACAAAUAUGAAUAAGUUAGGAUACUUCAUCGGAUCGCUUGGUGUUUCCGUAUUAUUUUGUGGGUCGUUCGAUGUUUUCCCGCUGGUGAUGAAUCGAUCCUUCCUCAGUACCCGUCGCGAUAUAUUGCAUCGACAGCGUUAUAACAUAAUCACGAAUUCAAAUUCGACUGGCAACAUAAGUGCAUGAGCGCUUAUGGGAUGUGUAAAUAUUUUAUAUAAGAGAUGACAGAAAAAUCAUGGUCUAGAUUUAAAGCAGAAUAUUGAUAAUUAUAAUGUACAUACUAUUAAUUAAAGCUAUAAGAGAUUUAAAAACGGCAGAAUGAUAGCUCUUAAGGUGAAUAGCGUUGCACUGAUCCAAGGCUGAUAUUACGCUAGGUCAUAGUUAUUUAGUAAAUUAUAUUUUUCUAUCGGUCCAUCCAUAUUUAGAACGUUUUGUUCAUGUAAAAUGUUUAUUGCAUAGUCUGUGGUUCGGUCUAUGGUAUUUCUAUUUAAGACUUCUAGUGUAAUCUCAGCCACAGAAAAUCCAAACGGAGUCAUAGUGUUGUGGUUGAGGCGGAUAUUAGCAGAUAUUAUAGUGUGACUGUUACAGACUGUGAGCAGUACUCAGUAUUGAGAAAUAUAUGAACACUUCUAAAUUUAAUAAUUUAAUAAACUUCUACACAAUUUAUUUUGUUACUAACAGUCAAUAAUUUUAUUUACUAUGGCAACACAACACUAUUACCCCGUUUUAUGGUUAGUGCACAUUAUUAGAUCGCUAAAGGUUGUAUAGUCACAAUAAACACUAGUAUGUACACACCUUGAUGUUGUGGUAUUCACAUACUAUUAUUAUAUUAUCCCGUUCUAGCAUUGGUGACAAUAAGAAGUCAAUCGCGUCAGUGUCAUAUGAGUUAUUAAUUAUAAUUAAUUAUAUAUAUUUAAUUAUAACGGGUGUAAGUAGUAUCAGAUCGACUUGGCAUCAAAAUAUACUGCCGUGGAGAAGAAUGCUCUUAAUAUUUUAAAUUUGUUUACACUUCUAUUUAUUUACUUAUAUUGUAAUAUAAAUAGGAGUAUUUAGAUUUUUUUUUGUAAUGAAAUUUUAACUUUAUACACACAUUAUACAAAGUACAUAAUUACGAUAAUGUCGCGAAGUGUCUCUGUCAAUUUACUUUUAUGAAUUUUUUUAAAAGAACGAUUGUUAUUGUCGUUCUUUUUUUUUAAUUGAUGAAAACCAAAUGGUUGUCUAGCCAGUACUAUUGGUUUAUGCUGACGGAAACCAAUGAGAUAUGAUUAAUAAUUAUCAUAAAUAUCGAAAUAGUGGAGAUGAAUAAAGUUGAACGUUUUGUGUAGGGACGGGCUGUUGCCGCUUAUCUGUCAUUAUGACAGCUGUCAACUCGAUACAAUCCUUCAAUCUAGGGAUUAAACAGCAUUAACAUUAAUCUACAAUUUAAUAUCGAUAGACAUUGGCUACAACGCCCGUGCCAAUUGUAAUGACUACAAAAUGCUUAGGAGUAGGAUUCUUCAUUAUAUUUCCAAAAUAUAUCCUUCUUUAUUAAUAUUAUGAAGUUUAGAUAGGCUCUAAACCUAAAUUUAGACAGAUUUUAAUAUAGAAAUAAUCUGACUUGAACCUAAAUAUCGAUAAAUACAUCGAAUGUUAUAAUACCAAUCACUAAGCUUGAUACUAAAACAAUUUUGACAUUUAAAUAUCGAAUACUUUUAAAAUUCAAUUAAAAAUCGAAUCUGGAAUAAUAUUUUGAACACAGGAUUAACAGACAUUUAAAAAAAAAUGCGGAACUUCUCCGACGUUCGUCGUGGAAAGUAGCUGGCAUGUGUAUGCGAAGAGGUCUGUCUAUGCGAUCCUAUAUCAUGCGUUAUUUGCUAUCUAUAUAUAUAUAUCUAUGAUAAUUAUAGAUGAGAAUGAAGUGUAUCAGUUGGCCCAUUGUGACAAAUUCGCCGAGAAUUAACCACGAUGGUUUUCAGAGGGGACCGCGUGGAGGUCGAUCUGAAAGGAAUCUUAUCAUAAAUACUAAUAAGUAUAAAGAUUUACGAAUGGGACUUACGCGUAGGUAGAUAAUUAGAACAUAUUGACCGCGAUACUUCCGCGUCAUUGUUGUAACUAUUCACUUGGAUUUAUAAUUAUAGCAUUCCUUUCUCGUCAGUUUUGUGAAUGCUGCACAUAUGAUCAUCUCAGUAUUAGACCUAGUUUAGUGUUUGAUGCCAUUGACAGAAUACCAGGCGAAAAAUCUGCCGAUUUUAAAAUAUAUUUUAAUAUAUAAUAAUAAUAUUUAGAUUUCGUGGUCAAUUAAGGGCGACUAUACAAAAAAAGUGGAGCAGGUCAUUUGAAAAUAAUUAUUUUGUGUUCGAAAUUGGAAUUAUCAAAAAGAGUUAAGGUUUUUUCGUGUAAAUCACCAGUGACUUGCUCAAAUAGUUCUCUUUUCAAAAUAGUUGGUGACAUAUUAAGAAACUUUACAUAAUAACAACAAACGUAAAUAAAUUAUCGACCUUAUUAGAGAGGUGUUAAGGUAAAUGUUACCUAUUUGUUAGUAGUAGUCACUUUAGUCGUGUAGUUCGCCCUUGACAAGCCAUCAAUCGGAAUUCAAAAUUAUAUCUAUCGGAUUUAUGUAAGAAUUGAUUAAUUAGGUAAUAUAAAAUGGUGCUUUCAGUAUUAGUUGAUUAAGCAACUCGAAAUUGGACUGUUAAGGAACUUAGUAGCACUCGUAACGCACAUUUGGCUCUUUGAAUUGGUUUAAUAUAAUUGAAACAUUAAAUAUUAAUUUUCGGCCAUUUAAUUUAUAUAUCGGAAACAUUUACAAUUACACCAUGGCACGACGAUGCCGUCUAUUUAUUGUUUUAAUUGCUUAGCAAAAAAAGUUUUAUUGUUUUUUUUUUAUAAUUAUUUUUUUUAAACAAUAUCAAUUUAUUAUUGUUUUGGUAGGAGGCAUGUAAAUAAGAUUUUUAUUAACUUAAUGAGGUUAACUUAAAAGUCGAUUUUAAUUGAAACAAAUCCAUUAUUUUCAUAGUGUACAUGUUUGUUUGUUAUUUAGUGACUACGCCGGUAUAUGUAUAUACCUUCAUACGUAUAUUUUACUAGAUAUUAUUCUAAUGAUAGUUGUAUCCUCCGCUAGAUGUAGAGAACACGAUAGGACAGUCUCACAAGCCUGCAAUCCAUAUUCGAUCUAUGAGAAAAAAAAAUUAAUGCGUCAGUAAGUAAUAUUAUUGUGUACAGAUUGUAGAGCAUUUACAGUAAGACGCAGUACGAAAAAUCAUAAGUUUUGGAAAAUUUCACUGCAUUUAUGACCAAUCCAUAACAAAAUAAUGAUGUUGUUUUCCUGGAUGUUCGGAUAGACAGAGUUUAUUGUAAAUGCUUUAUAAACAAUAUCAAAUAUACAAAUAGAACAAAUGUAGCGGAAAGUACGAGAAUCCGAAAUCCACCGAUAUUAUUUCUAGAACUGAGCCACUUUUCUCAGAGGACAUUGAUUGAAAUAGGAAUAAAAUGUCUGGCCUUUAUAAUUUGAUCAUAUGACCGCGCGGUUUGGAAGGCUAAAAAAAUAUUUUCAUAAUGGCAUUGUGUGGUUUGCACAGAGUAAUAGUGGCGUGGGCGAGGCGAGUAUUAUACUGAGGUUGGUCACUUUGGUAACAAAAAAGUAUACUAUAUAUCAUCGUUAGACUGUAAAUACCGUUAGAUUACAAUCUAGCUCGCGAGAUUGUUAACUGUCGAAAGACUGAACCGUCACAUACUGCUUACAAUGUAACACAUUAUUUUUCGGUAAAUUAUAAUCUAUCGAAGUGAAAUUCGACAUAUGGCGUUUACAAUUUUUUUUUUCAUUUUGUACAUGCUGAUGAUUCUUUGUUGCAUACGUUACACGCCGAAUAAUUAAUUUCUUCAAUUAUUACACCAAUAUCACCUACACAAAGCAGCACUCUAGGUACGAUCCCUUUUUCUACGGUGACGAUUUCUUUGUCCAUAUUUUUCAUCUAGUUUCCUUUGUUUUUUUGAAUUUAUGCUAUUCGUACUACCUAAAGAUACUUUUUCCUGCUUAUCAUCACUUGCUGUUUUUGUUUCUUCUUGCCCCAUCUUGUGAGUGUCAAUUAUUGUAAUAUUAAUUGUAUUUACGUUUUCCUAUUAUUCCUCUUUAUUAUCGAAGCGCAAUUUGACAUUUGCAUUUCGAUAGAUUAUAAUUUACUGAAAAAUAAUGCUUUACAUUUUAAGCAGUAUGUGACGGUUUACAAUCUUUCAACAGUUUUCUAACCGUUAGAUUACAAUCUCGCGAGCUAGAUUGUAAUCUAACGGUAUUUACAAUCUUAGGGUGACAUAUAUAUA